AGUCAAUCGUCGUUUAAAGAACGCCCCUCGAUUUGUUCCCGCCAUCGUAUCCUACGAUGAGGUGAACAACAUGAUGGGCAGUGCCUCAUCCUCGCUACCUCGUGCAGAAGAGCCCGCUCCUUCAUCUCACGUCGGUGAAUGGUACAGGUCUUUACCUCGCGCAUCAAGCGCACCUGUGAUCGGGCCACAGGCUUCCCCUCCCGCUCGCGUCGACCCAUCCUCGUCCUCUUCCCCGCAACCUACGCUUGAUGUUCCACCCGCGCAGACCCUCGUUGCGCCACCAUCCGAGAAGAAGGUCGACUGGUUCACUACUAGAUCCACAAUUUCUGCGCCUUCAUCAUUGCAUGUCACGCCUGUACCCGCACCAACACUUGCCGACAUCCUGUCCAGAGAACCGCCGCCGGAACGCAAGGAGCAGCCGUUUGUUCCUCCCGUCUUUCUUCAUAUCGGCCCGUCCAACAAGGGUUUCGCCAUGCUUCAGCAGAGUGGUUGGAGCGAGGGCGAAGCCCUUGGUGCAGCCGCACCGAGACGAUCGCUGACACAGAACGCUCGAGAGAAGAGACCAGCGAGGACCAUCUUGGACGACCGCGAACUGUCAAUCAAGACGGAGGAACUGGAAGUAGCGGUGGGCACAGAUGAUGACAUCCGCGAGGUUCGGCGCGUGGAUGUGGUGGACCUAACGCUCUCCGAUUCUGACGAAGAAUCGAGCGAUGUCGAGACGGACGUCAGACGCGGUGUUGGUUUACCAGACUCCUCUGCUGCCGCUGUCUCCCACAACCCCAAGGCGCUGCUCACUCCGCUUGCUACUGUGCUCAAGACCGACCGCCUUGGAAUUGGACUGAAGGCGAAAACAGUAGGUCCGUUCAAGGAGUCGAAGAAGCGCGUUACACACAACCAGGCAGCCCUCGCCGCGCAUGCGAAGGCGAACGAGGACAUGCGCAUGCGCAAAGCCCUCUUCGGACGCGGGGCCAGGUCUUUUGCACGUAUCGCGAAGGCAGAGGCCGAGAGCCGGAAGAGGCUACUUGCCAGUCUCAACGAGUAGGAGUUUCGCGGUUGCCUUUCAUUGGCGCAUCCUUGGACCCGCCAACGCCGCCUAUCUUCGUCAGGUCAUCGACGUGACAAGCACUAUAUCAGAUGGUCUGAACUCUCUUGCUUCGACCUCUCCUUCGCGGACCUGUCGACUCACGGUCCUGCAUGAUGAUAUCUAUCGCUAUCGAGAAGUCACUUCCGGCGCGCCCCAUCUGGCAUCCGACCUCGAGAUCUAGGCCGUCGUCUUCUCUGCAGUCUCGCCCUUGACCGUAGUCAGGUUACAGCGCGUAGCCUUGGUAUUACAUACACACUUGCGUUUUACGAUCAGCUUUGCCGACUUUGCCGGGAUUUGGUGGACCUCCAAUUCCUGUGGACAUUGGCAAUUCUGUGCACGUGUUGUCCUAUCCUUAUUCCCAGAUGUACAUGCGGUAAUUCACGCACCUAUCGGUGCAGAUGAUGUGAUGUAAUUAAGAUGGAAUGUGCGACAUAACAACGGAUGCUUCCGCAUUUUCCCAAUGAAUAGAAUUGAGUGG